UAGAAAAUGUGUUUGACAAAUCCGCAAAGAACUGUUGAACUACCAUUAAGCUUCACUUGCUUCACUAAAUACAUGUGUACGUACAGGGUAAGUACUACGCCUUCUCUUAUCCGGGAUAUUUUGAAACAAAGAUGAGCAAAGUGCUCAAUUUCAAGGUCGUCCUGCUUGGUGAAGUAGGUGUCGGCAAGACAAGUAUCUUUGUGCGACUGCGGGAUAACAAAUUCAUAGGAAGCAAGAGCACAAUAGGCGUGGAUAAAGGAGAAUUCGAAUUUGAAGUGAAUGGCACGCCAGUCAAGCUGGACUUGUGGGACACAGCAGGAAGCGAAAAGUUUCGAACACUAACCAGUAACUAUUACCAUGGAGCAAAGGCUUGCAUCUACAUCUAUGAUAUCACCGACACCAGCUCAUUGUACAGUCUUGCUGCUUGGCUUCUGGAUGCUCAGAAGUUUGCAAAAGACCAUUUAUGCUUCCUGGUUGCUAACAAGUGUGAUAUGGAAGAAGAAAUUGAUGUUGAGAAACAAACAGCCGAGACGUUUCAGAGAGAAAAAGGUUUUAUUGAACGAUUUGAGAUGUCUGCCAAGACAGGUGCAGGAGUAAGGGAUGCAUUCCAAGCAAUUGCUGAGCAUCUGGUGAAGAAACUUGCACCUGGAAGUGACUCUCUGACUUCAGAGCAAGCAAUGCAACCUUCACCAUUUGAUAACGUAGGAGCUCAAUCUAAGAGUAAGGGUUGUUGUUCGUAGACACAUAAGGGUGUAUUGGAUGCGGAUUGUGUUAAUUUCAUAAAACUUUUGUACUUAGUAACUUGAGUGAUACCGUAAUUGGUACUAGUUGCAAUCUGCUGAUGAGUUAGGAUUUCAGCGAAUUUUAAUGGCAAUUUUGUUGUUUUGCAUGUUUGAUGUAAUAGAAAGUGUUGUUAUUAGAGGUGAUGAGAAGAAUGUUUGGUCAUGAAGGUGUACAGUCAUAAA